GUGAUGCAAAUGUCAGUAAUCAUUUCAUCAUCCAUCUGUUAACUGUACACUGUUUUGUUUACAACCCAAAUAAUAUCUGUUCUUCAUUAUUUUUUACAAUAAACUUUCAUUGCAAAACUAUUUUGCACGUCUGUAUGAUUUCAUUAGUCAAUCAAAAAUUUAAAAAAAGGGCGCGUACGCGGUAACCAAUACAACUGAACAUUUCGCAGGAAACGAAGUGGCAACUCCACAAACAAAAUCCCGCCUUUUUGUACAUUCCUUCCGUUAAAAGACUUUCAACCUUUCCCUAAAAACAUGGCUUCUGACGGUAGCGGAAUAACAACAGGUCAACCUAACUUACAAAAACAAGACUUAUCAAAACUUGAUGUCACACAGCUAACAGCUCUUUCCCCAGAAGUGAUAAGUCGGCAAGCGACAAUCAAUAUUGGUACAAUUGGACAUGUAGCCCACGGUAAAUCGACCGUUGUCAAAGCAAUUUCCGGAGUCCAAACUGUACGGUUUAAAAAUGAACUGGAGCGAAAUAUUACUAUCAAGCUGGACGACCUGCAGUUCGAUGUGAACGGGGAAGCGAUUCCUUCAGAGGAGGCGAUUCCUUCAGAUCAGGCGAGUCCUUCAGAGGAUACAACCCCUUCACCAGAGGCAACCUCUUCGCAGGAGCCAACCCCUUCACACAACAAAGAUUCUUCACAAGAGGUAACCUCUUCAGAGGAAGCGAUCCCUUCACAGAUCACUCCUACAGAAGAAGCACCACCGUCAGAAAGGGCCACUCUUUCAGAUGAAGCAGUCUCUUCAGAGGAUGCAACACUUGCACAAGAGGAACUUCCAGAAGACGCACUUCCUUCAGUGGAAGCAAAUCCUAUGGAGAUGUCAAUAUCUUCAGAGACGACGCCAUCUGUAAAACGCAAAAGUGAAGAUGUCUUGAAAGGGCGUUCAGCUAAAAUGGUUUGUAAAGCCAACAAAAAGGGAGGGGUUUACCCCAAAGAAUACAUAGUGGAAAAAAUUAUCGAUCAUGUUUUAGACAAUGGCCAUAACAUGUUUAGGGUGAAAUGGUUGGGAUGGUCAGAGGAAUGUAACACUUGGGAGCCUUUUCACCACCUGGAUCACUGCCCAGAGAAACUGCAAGAAUUUUUUACUUCUACUUUAAAUCAAUCUGUGCUGGAUAGUGUGUGCCAAACUUUCUCAGUGUCGCAAGACUUAUCUGACAAGGCUUUGGAAAGUUUAAUUCCACCUCAAGGAUUUUCCGCUUUAAGAAGUUUUUUAGACGUUCAAAGGGAUAUACUAACAUUGUUUUCUGCUCCACCACUUGAACGACACGUUAAGAAAAUGAAACGAGGAAAAGAAACUGUGCUGUUAUACUUUCUGCUCUUAAAAAGAGAGCGUCAGAUACUAAAAUUAAAUGGGUGGGAGGAAUCCAUAAACAAAACCGCAUCUAAGAGCGCAGUAAUAAAAGUGGAAAACAAUUGUGAUUUGGAAGAUCCUCCCGAAGGUUUCAUUUACGUUAAUGAAUAUGUACCAAUGGAAGGUAUCAGCAUUCCCAAUGAACCGCCCAUAGGUUGCGAAUGCGAGUCUUGCGGUCCCAAGGAAAAAUCGUGCUGCGGAAAGAAUUACUCUUGGAGAUACACAUACAACGAUAAACAAAAACUAAAUGUACCCAAAGGUACACCCAUUUAUGAAUGUAAUAAAAUGUGUAAGUGUGGAGAUGAUUGCCGUAAUCGUGUAGUUCAAAAAGAUCGCACUAUUCCUCUGUGCAUUUUUCGUACUUCGAAUGGGUGUGGGUGGGGCGUUAAGACUUUGAGGAAGAUUUCCGCGGGCGAGUUUGUGUGCGAGUACGUUGGUGAAGUGAUAACACACGAUGAAGCUGAAAAAAGAGGAGAAAUUUACGAUGCCGCAGGAAGAACUUAUCUUUUUGAUCUUGAUUUCAAUAUGUCCGAUAAUCCGUACACAGUGGAUGCGGCAACUUAUGGGAACAUUUCGCACUUUAUUAAUCAUUCGUGUUCUCCCAAUUUGGGCGUGUGGGCGGUUUGGAUUAAUUGCUUAGACCCAAACAUUCCCAAGUUGGCGCUUUUUGCCCUACGAGAAAUACCAAAGGACGAAGAGCUAACUUUUGACUAUAUGUCCGGGAAUAAAGUUAGGAGUUCUAAGAAGAAUAAAGAUCAAGGAGGUGAAUCUGAACAUACCUUAUCUCCAGGUCGUGCUCGUUUAGAUUUGUUCUCGGAAGGUGGACAAAAAAAUCGGCCAGUAUGUAAAUGUUCUGCAAAGUCAUGCAGACGAUAUCUGUUUUAAAAAAUAUGGGCACAUUUUAAGUCUCUGCCUUGAAAUGUAUGUCGGGUUACUGCCUUACUAUCUACCAUUUUUACACGUUGAAUAUACAUUUAUUAAGUCUCCGUUUUAAUUUGUAUACAGCUUUUAGUUUAUAUUUUUUAUCAUCUACCAAAAUACAAAUUUCACAAGUAAAAAGGUAUCUAGAUCUAUCAUUGUUAUUUUCUUUAGUAGAGAAGGUGUAAUUUUUAUAUUUUAACUUAUUGCCAUCGUUCAAAAACCAUAAUUUAGUAAAUGGUUACUUUAAUUAUGGGAAUGACAUAAGUUUGUAUUAUCAUUACAAUAUGAAAAUUGUGAAUGUUAGAGUGAAUUAUGCUUUUUAAGCCUGUACAUUAUUUUAUUUAUUAGUAUUAGUUUGUAUUGUACAAUAUACGUUAAGAACAUGUAUGGAAUUGGUUCAAAAUAAACACUCAUUAUCUCUU